AAACCCUAACGAGCCUUGGUAUAUAAAAGGUGCGGCUUGCUUUCCGCGUCUCUUUCUUUUACCCGAGCGGACGAACUAAAGCUUGCAGAGAUCUUCGUUUGAUCCCGGAGAAAUCGCAGCAAUGGCGGAAAAGGCAGUCACCAUCAGAACCCGAAAAUUCAUGACCAACAGACUUCUCUCCAGGAAGCAGUUCGUUAUUGAUGUUCUUCACCCUGGAAGAGCAAAUGUUGCAAAGGUUGAGCUGAAGGAGAAGCUAGCAAGGAUGUAUGAGGUCAAGGACCCAAAUGCGAUCUUUGUUUUCAAAUUCAGAACCGCAUUUGGAGGCGGUAAAUCUUCCGGCUUUGGUUUGAUCUACGACUCUGUCGAGAGCGCAAAGAAAUUCGAACCCAAGUACAGACUUAUCAGGAAUGGACUUGACACCAAGAUCGAGAGAUCAAGAAAACAGAUGAAGGAAAGGAAGAACCGCGCGAAGAAGAUCCGUGGUGUUAAGAAGACAAAGGCUGGUGAUCCCAAGAAGAAUAUCCUAUCCGAAUUCCUAGAAUCGCGUUUACGGAAACACACUUUAGAGACUUUGGUUGGGCCCGAGAGACGUCAGGGCACAACUGACCGCAAUAAUAAGCAAGUGCGUGUAGGAGUGGGAGCUCAAGGAGCCACAUCUCUUCUCCUCGAAUCUUUUGCGUCUUGUUUCGUGGAGAUGACAUCGGACCACCGCGACGACGCUGCUUUCUCUCUGGAAUCGCCGGAUCUGGAGGAAGGAGGUGUUGGGGAUGGAGGAGAGUCUGAUACCGACGAGGAUUUGCGGGAGAACGAUGAUGUGGUCAUGCCUGCCGAGGACGACGAUCCCGAAGAAGAAGAGCUGAAUUCGCCGUCUACAUCGUCGCUCCCCAUGGUUUCCACGGUCUCGGCGACUGCGGUCGUUUCCGGGAACGCGACGACUUCCCCUACAGGCGCCGUGACCGUUGCGCUUCCGGCUGGAUCCGCCGUACCCGUCUCCGUAAUUCCGGUUGACUCCGAUCCCAAAUGGCACCGCAUGACGGAGAUCGUCCAUCAGAGACCGCCGAUCGACGACUCCAGACGCCUUUUCCAGAGGCUGUGGACUGAUGAGGACGAGAUCGAGCUCCUCCGUGGCUUCCUCGACUACAUAACGUCGCACCGAGGCAGCAGCUCGCAUCCGCCGGACACGGCGCCGUUUUACGAGCAGAUAAAGUCGAAGCUUCAGCUUGAUUUCAACAAGAACCAGCUGGUGGAGAAGCUCCGGCGACUGAAGAAGAAGUACCGGAAUGUGAUGAGCAAGAUCAGCUCCGGCAAAGAGGGUUCGAAGACAACAACGUGAUGGAUUUCGAGGAAACCAAUAACAAUCACCAUGGAAAUGGUAACUACGCAGCCUUUAACAGCCCCAGCUCUAAUCCUGCUCUCGAGAUCGAUUCCGAAAACGGAGCCGAGAGGAAGCUGACCAUGAGCAGCACAAGCGGGUCCAGAAAACGAUCAAGAUCAAGAAUUGGGAAGAUUGAGGAAGACAACAAACCCAUCACUCCCUCUGAUGCGCAAAUACCAAAUGCAGCCACAAAUGUCAACCUCAAUGAAUCUGCCGGAAUUGGUGGAAACCUCGGUGGUCUGAUCGAAGAGACUGUGAAAAACUGUGUAUCUCCUGUGAUCAAGGAGAUGAUGAACGGGACAGCAAGCAUGAUGAUGGCUGCGAUGGGAGGGUUUUCAGGCGGCGGUGGUGCUGCUGCUCAUGGCUUUGGCUCAUUAAGCCCCAUGUUUACACGGCCGUUGGGUUAUGGUGUAGAAGGAGGAGGAAACAAGGCAGUGGCGGAUGAGCGGUGGAGGAAACAACAGAUUCUGGAGCUGGAAGUGUAUUCAAGGAGAUUAGAGUUGGUUCAAGAGCAGAUUAGAGCGACACUGCACGAUUUAAAGACGAUGCCGAGUGGUGGAUGAUGAAGCAAGCAAGAAGAAUAAGACGAUGACGACGACGACAAAGACAAAUAACCAGUUAGGUUGAUAUUUGAUAUCUCUGAGUUAAACCUUCUGGGGGGUGUGUGUGGUGAGUAUAGUUUAUGAGAUUUGAAUCUUUUUCAGUUAUAAAUCUGCUAAGGUAUUGUGAUUUUUCUCUAGGGGUUUUCAUCAUUUUGGAUUUUUUCUUCUUCUUAAAUUAUUUGUCAAUAGGGAUGAAUCAUAGGGGUGGGGGUUUGUGUAUAACCUUUGUAUUAGAUUAUAGUUUUCUCCUAGGCUCAUUUGUUCAAUAACAAACAGACUUCUACUUAUUUUUCUUUUCUUAGAAAAAAAAGCAAUAUUUUUAAACUUUGUGGCUGCUAAUCUCAUCUUUGUUUAAAUAAAAUGUUACUAUGUAAUACCGUAUUUGUUUCGCCUUUUGUUUGUUUCUUGCUAUUCCCUCC